UAGAUGGGUAUAGACCGUAGAGUUAUACAACUCCCCGCCGGUACCCCAACCCUAGACUUUAGAAUCUCUCAGCUUCCCUCACUCGAAGUACUUGUUUAGACAUUGACGAAGCUCGUUCCAGGAAUUUGGACAUUAUGGGGGAAAGUAACACACCAACGAGUGAUCAAAAGGACCUAAACCCUGAUGAUAAUCCUGAAAAUAAGACAGCUGAUACUAGCAUUGAAGCGAUAACUAGGAGGGUUCAAGAGUCCCUUGCUAUCGAAAACCGGCACAAGUUUUGGGAAACACAGCCUGUUGGGCAGUUUAAGGAUAUCGGAGAUUCAAGUUUACCCGAAGGUCCUAUCGAGCAGCCGACAGCUUUGUCGGAAGUUAAGCAAGAACCCUAUAACUUGCCCGCGCCUUAUGAGUGGAUAUCUUGUGAUUUGGACACUGAGGAAAUGUGCCUUGAGGUCUACAACCUUCUGACUAACAACUAUGUUGAGGAUGAUGAAAACAUGUUUCGGUUCAACUAUUCUAAGGAGUUCCUUCAGUGGGCACUUCGGCCACCUGGGUAUUACAAGAGUUGGCAUAUUGGGGUGCGGGUUAAGAGCUCAAAGAAGCUGGUUGCUUUUAUUACGGGUGUGCCAGCUAGGAUACGGGUUCGUGAUGAUGUUGUUACCAUGGCUGAGGUUAACUUCCUGUGUGUGCAUAAGAAGCUUAGGUCGAAAAGGCUUGCACCUGUCAUGAUCAAAGAAGUUACUAGAAGGGUGCAUCUGGAAAAUAUAUGGCAGGCUGCUUAUACUGCUGGUGUAGUUAUUCCUACACCCAUUGCAACCUGUCAAUAUUGGCACAGGUCUCUUAACCCAAGGAAGUUGAUUGAUGUUGGAUUUUCAAGGCUUGGCCCGAGAAUGACAAUGAGCCGUACCAUAAAGCUCUAUAAGCUACCAGAUUCUACAGUUACUCCUGGUUUCAGGCAGAUGGAGCUCCGUGAUGUUCCUGCAGUUACCCGUCUGCUGAAGGGUUAUUUAAGUCAGUUUGCUGUGGCACCUGACUUUGAUGAAAAUGACGUUGAGCAUUGGCUUCUUCCUAAAGAAAAUGUAGUUGAUGGUUAUGUUGUUGAAAGUCCCUUGACCCAUGAGAUUACUGAUUUUUGCAGCUUUUAUACGCUUCCUUCUACUAUUCUUGGCAACCCAAAUUACUCAACUCUGAAGGCUGCUUAUUCUUAUUACAACGUCGCUAACAAAACUCCAUUGAUUCAGUUGAUGAAUGAUGCUCUUAUUAUAGCAAAGAUUAAGGACUAUGAUGUUUUUAAUGCCUUGGAUGUUAUGGAGAAUGAAUCAUUCCUCAAGGAGCUGAAAUUUGGGCCUGGAGAUGGAAAGCUGCAUUACUAUCUUUACAACUAUCGUUUAAAGCAUCCCAUAAAGCCUUCGGAACUUGGACUUGUACUCUUGUAGUUCGAGUUUCCUGACUAUAUUUGAGUUGACUUUCAAGAUAUCUGUGGUACGAAGGGAACUUAUUUUGCGAGUUGUAACGGGUAUGGACAACUUUUGACUAUUUUUCCUGGUCAAGUUGCUCAGAAUUGUUCUAUGUUGUGAGCUUGUAGUACUACACUACUAGCUGUUAAGUUAAUACUGAAUUAUUAGUUCGAUGUUGUAAAACAGUCAAGGUGGCAUUUGAUCGUAACAAAAGACGGUCCCUCUUGUUUAGUGUUUUUCCCACAAAAGGCUCCAACUUCCGGCGAAAUACAGAUUACUAUUUUCUCUA